AUGAGGAAUCUUCAACAAGAAUUCCAUGCAUAUCAUGGUAUCAUUCUUGGUGUCAGGGAGCAUGUUUUUACAGAAAGUGUUUCUUCUUUAGCAUCAUUCUUGUCCAAUCAUGAAACUACUUUUGUAACUCUUGGACAACGUGUUCUUGCAAGUCCUCUAAAGGUUCGCAUGCAUGAUGGAUAUCCUGAUGCGUUUGAUAGAGUGGUCCAUAUAACUCAAGGUGGUAUUAGUAAAGAUAUUUACGCAGGAUGUAAAGGGACGAGAUGUUGGGCUGAAUCAGAUUGCUCUGCAUUCAAUCUAGAGCUGAUUGCCAAAUUUCUCAACAACACUGCUCUAAAUACAGCCUUGAUUACACAGUUUUUGUUCCAGAUUUGUGUAUUUACUGUUUUACCCAUGGUUUUGGGUUUCAUCUUAGAAUUGGCAUUCUUAAGGAUCUAUCUUUUAGACAUCCACAUAUUUUACAUUAAUAUAUUUUUUGUUGUUGGUUUCUUGCUUGGAGCUAGAGACUGUCUUGGUGAGAUUAGGUCUUUGAGUUCUGUCCACAAAAACAUUGAGAGGAAUUCUCUUAAGGUAAUUAAUCAGGUUCUUGUAAAAGAGAAGUUUGAUGCUGCUAGAUAUUAA